AUGGGGAGAGACAAACAAAGUCGAACGAGGGAGAAGUGUUUGUUUAUCUUUCAUAUAGGGCUACUGCUUUUUUUCGGAAAACAGGCUUUUGCUCAGAUAAGGUACUCUAUUCCAGAGGAGGUGAAAGAAGGAUCUGCUGUUGGAAAUGUUGCGAAGGAUCUUGGCCUCGAAAUCACCUCGUUAAGUGACCGACGGUUCCGUGUUGUGUCUGGAUCAAAGGAGACAUUUUUUGAGGUAAACCCGGACAAUGGGGCUCUGUACGUCCAUAAGAAAAUCGACAGAGAGGAGCUCUGUCAGGGCAGUGGUGCAUGUCUAAUGGAGCUUAAAAUCCUUGUUGAAAACCCGUUGGAAAUGCACUACGUAAUUGUAGAAAUCACUGAUGUAAAUGAUCACUCUCCUAGUUUCCCUGAAAGAGAACAACGAUUUGAAAUAGGUGAACAAACACUACCAGGAAAGCGAUUUCAACUGCACACUGCUCGUGACCCCGAUGCUGGAAUUAACUCUAUUUGUACAUACACUUUGACAGCAAAUAACCAUUUUGAAGUAGAUAUCCGUCAAAGCGAUGAGGAUAAAAUACCGUUUUUAGUGCUGAAGAAAUCGUUAGACAGAGAACAAAAGGACAAACACACACUACAAGUUACAGCAGUUGAUGGAGGCAAACCUCCAAGAUCAGGGACACUAAAUGUUUCCAUUAUUGUUCUUGACAGCAAUGAUAAUCGUCCAAUAUUUAGUCAGGAGAUUUAUCAAAUUGAAAUACAAGAAAACGUUCCAGUCGGUAUUUCAAUAUUUCAAAUGAAUGCGACAGAUCCCGAUGAAGGCACCAAUAGCGAAAUUGAGUACAGCCUCGGAAAAACUCUGAAGAAAAAAGUCUAUGACAUUUUUGAGUUGGACAAAUUAACCGGAAAGAUUAGAGUUAAAGGAGCAGUGGACUAUGAAGAAAACGACGUUUAUAAACUGGAUGUUGAGGCAUCCGAUAAAGGAACACCUCCACUGACAGGUGAGUGUAGAGUUAUUAUAAAGAUAAAGGACGUUAAUGAUAAUCCACCGGAAAUAGAAGUGACAUCACUGUCAAAUACAGUGUCUGAAGACUCAAAACCUGGCACAGUUAUUUCACUACUUAGUGUGACGGAUAAAGACUCUGGUGUCAAUGGAAAUAUAAUAUCGAGCAUAACCUCAGACGUGCCAUUUGAGUUAAAGCCCUCCUAUAAGGAGAACAUUUAUUCAGUUGUUACGAAGGGAUUUUUGGAUCGAGAGGAGGUGUCACAUUAUGAAAUAACAAUAAAAGCCACCGAUUGUGGUGAACCUCCCUUAUCGACUUUUAAAACUCUCGACAUUCAGAUAUCAGAUGUAAAUGACAACAGUCCACAUUUCGACCAAAAUCCAUUACAGUUUUAUCUGGUAGAAAAUAACGUUGCUGGAGGGUCGAUAUUCUCUGUAAGCGCAACGGACAAUGAUUUGAAUGACAAUGCAGCUAUUUCAUAUCAUAUAGUGAGAGGAGGGAGUCAAAAUGACAUAAUGUCUUUUCUCAAUAUACAUUCUGAUAACGGACACAUUUCCGCACUAAAGAGUUUUGACUUUGAAACACUGAAAACGUUCCAGUUCCAAGUUGUUGCCACAGAUUCUGGAACUCCGUCACUAAGCAGCAACGUCACAGUGAACGUGUUCAUUCUGGAUCAGAACGACAACGCUCCAGUCAUCCUGUAUCCAGUCAGCUCUAACGGUUCUGCUGAAGGUGUGGAGGAGAUUCCCCGCAAUGUGAACGCAGGACACUUGGUGACUAAAGUCAGAGCCUAUGACGCUGAUAUAGGAUAUAACGGCUGGUUACUGUUUUCACUGCAGGACGUUACUGACCACAGUCUCUUUGGUUUGGACCGCUAUACAGGACAGAUCAGAACACUUCGCUCAUUCACAGAGACAGACGAGGCUGAGCAUAAACUGGUCAUACUGGUGAAAGACAAUGGGAACGUUUCACUCUCAGCAACAGCUACUGUGCUUGUCAAAGUUGUGGAGCCCAAAGAGGCUUUUGCUGCUUCUGAUGUUAAAAGUGCAACAAACGAUGAGGAGGAGAAUAAUGUGACUUUUUACCUGAUGAUAACUUUGGGCUCAGUUUCAACACUUUUUCUCAUCAGUAUCAUCGUGCUGAUUGCAAUGCAGUGCUCCAAAACCACAGACUAUACUUCUAAAUAUCUACAAGAGACUAAUUAUGAUGGGACACUGUGUCACAGCAUCCAGUACAGAUCUGGAGACAAACGGUACAUGCUAGUAGGACCCAGAAUGAGUAUAGGAUCUACUAUAGUCCCGGGCAGCCAUGCGAAUACACUAGUGCUGCCUGACAGGAGAGGGACAUCUGGAGAGGUAAGACUUUAAAAACAAGCAUACAAUUAUUUCUCAGUGCUUUAAUCAAAGUUUGCUUCUCAUCAUGUCUCUCAAGCUGUUACUACAGAGAAAAGUACCAA